AUAUACGUUCAGAAGCGGUUGACCUGGGACGGAUCGACGCUCCUGAAGCACACUUUACAGUUCCUGGCUGUGCUUUCUUCAGUAUUCACUGCCAUGACCAGGGUGUCCGAUUAUAAGCAUCAUUGGAGCGAUGUGCUAAGCGGUCUUCUGCUCGGCACCAUCAUCGCUUGGAUAGUGGCACGCUUCUUUUCCACUCUGUUCGCGUCGAAAGAGCCGAGUGAAUCUUCAGAACAUUCCGAAUUAAAUGGACAUGGCAACAAUAGGACCACAGCAAUCGGUGUAUAAUAUAUUUAAGUAGCCCGAUUAUCAAUUAAGGAUGCAGAUGGAAGGUGCGACAAUUUCGAUCAGCAAUUUACAUUGGCAAACGCUGAGACAAAGACCAAUUUAUAUAGAUGGUUAGGAUUUAUUGAAAAGGAACCUAUUUAUGUAUUUAUUUGAAUAAUUGGUAGCUAGAAGUAGCUGCACGCAGGCAGCGAUCGAGUCUUCUGGCGAUGUGAACAUUGAUUUUCCAAACUGCCAAUACUUAGUAUUAAUUGAAGGAUUUGUAUAUAAAUUUACCCUUUCCCAAUGCUGUGAUCUGUAUGUGUAUGUUGAAACGUUCAAGUAGAAUUUCUUCGAAAUUUGCUAAUUUUAGGAGGUUUUAGACCCUCAAGGGCAAUACGCUCACUUAAUGUCGCGUCCACAAGAGAGCUUAGUUUUCGUUUUUCAUCGCUUAUACGCUACUUAACUGGUUCAAGAACAUAUCCAAAGGAGCAAUGUGUUCACCAAAUAAAUGAACUUUUCCACCUGAUGGCAAUACUUGUGCUGCUUAACGUUACUUAAGUAUUACUUAAUAGUAUGUUUUCAUGUGAUAUUAUUUAAGUCAUACCUCCACAAGCUGUAAAUUUAGCCACAUACAUUGACUUUAGAUACUAACAUAUAGCUGUCUUCUGCAAUA